ACAGAAAAACACAGAAUGAAUAACAUUUUCUCUCUCGUUGUUUUUUUCUCCCUGCAGAGAUUACGAAGAUUAUCGACCAAAUACAGGACAGAGAAGAUCUACCCCACCAACGUCGGGGAAAAGGAAGACAAUGUGAAGAAGAACCGCUAUAAAGACAUACUGCCCUUUGACCACACGAGGGUAAAGCUGACUUUAAAAACAACCAAUCAGGAUUCAGAUUACAUCAAUGCCAGCUUCAUCAAGGGAAUGGAUGGUCCAGAGGCCUACAUCGCUACCCAGGGUCCUCUACCCAACACUGUCAUCGACUUCUGGAGAAUGAACUGGGAGUACAGUGUAGCCGUCAUCGUAAUGGCAUGUCGAGAAUUCGAGAUGGGAAGGAAAAAGUGUGAGCGGUACUUUCCCCAGUUUGGUGAUGAGCCCAUGUCUUUUGGCCCGUUCAGAAUCUCCUGUGAAUCAGAACAGCCCAGAACGGACUAUUUCAUCAGGACCCUGACAGUGGAGCAUGAGAAUGAGACACGGAGGAUAACCCAGUUCCAUUACAUCAACUGGCCAGACCAUGACGUUCCCUCGUCCUUUGACUCCAUCUUGGAUAUGAUUGGUCUGAUGAGAGAGUACCAGGAGCAUGAUGAUGUACCCAUCUGUAUACACUGCAGUGCUGGCUGUGGGAGGACAGGCGCCAUCUGUGCUAUAGACUACACGUGGAACCUACUAAAGGCUGGGAAGAUUCCAGAAGACUUCAACGUGUUCCGGCUGAUUCAGGAGAUGAGAACACAGAGGCAUUCUGCUGUUCAGACCAAGGUAAUGAGGCAUUCUGCUGUUCAGACCAAG